CGCUGAUAGGCGGCACUGACUGGUGGCACUGCUGGGCACUGACUGGUGAAACUGCUGGGCACUGACUGGCGGCACAGACUGGCGGCACUGCUGGGCUGCACUGAUGGGCACUGGUGGGUGGCACUGCUGGGGCACAGGUGGGUGGCACAGCUGGGCACAGGUGGGUGGCACAGGUGGGUGGCACUGCUGGGCACAGGUGGGCGGAAAUGGUGGGUGGCACUGCUGGGCACCGAUCAUAAGGGCACUGAUCAUCAGUGAUCAUCAGUGCCCUGAUGAUCGGUGCCGAUCCCUGCUCUAACAACUGCCGGUUCUCGGCAGUACUUUCCUCAUGCUCUGACAGCGUGAGGAAAGUGCAGCUGAGAACCGGCAAUUGCAU